AUGGCGCAGGCCCCGCCCACCUUGCGGCUGCGCGGCGGCGACGGGGAGGUGUUCGAGGUGGACGCGCGGAGGCUGGCGGCGCUCUUCCCGGCCUACGUCCUCAGGGUCCCCGCCAUCCACAACUUCGGCAUCUUCAAGCUCAUCGGCGUCUACCGCGAGUUCGAGGCCAGCGGCAGGCACACCGCCCCAGAAGUGGAGAACGCGUUCGUGAAGACCAUCGGCGACCUCGACAACCUCACCCGCGUCGCCUCGGCUGCAAUGCAGCUGGAAGAUCAUGCCCUGCUGAACCUGUGCCUGCGAGCGACUAUUGUGAUUAUCGAGCGGGCAAGGGCUGCGGAAAAUCUCCAGAAUUUGCCGAGCCAGGAGGAGAACUAG